CGGUGGAGUGAUGAUGGACCCUGAUACACAACUAGUGCCUGGACAACAUUUAACAGUGGCAUCAACAUUUGACGUGGACAAGAACUACGUGGAACUGAAGUACUACAUCUGUCCUGCUGAGAUACCAACAGAACUGACGGACCACUGGACAUUUGACUGUAGGAAAAGACUCCCGCUAGCCAUCAUUCAGGACAUGCACUCAGCAACACUGGACGUUAAGAUGAUGUACUACUUCAACGUAACCCUCACCACUAUCAGGAUUCCUCGCCACGUCUCAUGCAGGCGCUGUGGUCUCAUGGUGUUGGCAACGAUAAUGCGGCACCCAACAUGCAAACUAUUUGUCAGCAUGAGGUCCUGUGCCUUCAUCAGCGUCAACAGUAGUUUCCAGUCUGCCCUCCAAGACCCAUUGUACAAUACCCUACCACUCCAAGACCUUCAAUAACAUUCCCUCCCCUUAACAAAUUACCAGGACCUUAGCCUCCCCCUGCUCCAAGGCCGUUCCCUCCAGAGAAACUCGUAAGGCCAGUACCUCCCGCAGGACUUCCAAAGCCCUUCCCUCCCCCUGUAAGUCCUGACACCCUAUUCUCUGAAACUUCUGAGGCCGCAGGUCCUCUCUUUGCCCCUAACACCCUAGAAAACCCUUGCCACACAGGGGUGUCUGGAAACCACAAAAUCUGAAACUAAACUAAAAUGAAACUUAACUUAACCUAACCUAACUU